AUGAUGCCUCCGAAAAGGUCCCGAGGGAAACUUCCUCAGAUAGCCACUCGUAAAAGACGCUUGAAGAGUCGGUGGAAGUUGGAGGAGCAGCAGAAGAGCGGCCUGCUUUUGGGAGAAGAGAAAGGGAAAGCAAGGAGCCCCAACAAAAAGGCCAGGAAGCGAAAGGGCCCCCCGGCCCCCCAGAGAAGUUACGCGGGGGAGAAUCCUAACAUCUGCACGGAGUGCGGGCAAACGUUUGCGCAGACUUUGGAUUUGGUGAGCCACCAAAGGAUCCAUGCUGGAGAAAAGCCCUAUAUAUGCUCUGACUGUGGGAAAACCUUUAGCAUCAGUUCCAACCUGAGCAGGCACCAGAGGACUCACACCAGGGAGAAGCCCUACCUUUGCUCAGAGUGUGGGAAAAGCUUCACAGACAAGUCAUCUUUGGAUCAACAUGUGCGAACCCAUUCAGGGGAGACCCCCUUCCAGUGUAUUGAUUGUGGGAAAUUGUUCCGGCAGAGUUCCCAUCAGAAGCGGCCUCUGAAGGGCCCCCCAGGAAAACAGCAGAGCAGCUGCACCCCUUCAGAGACUACUGUGGUCACCACCAGCUCAGCCCCUGGCCGUGCUCAAAGACCCCGCGUUUCUAAAAAGCAAGACUCUCCCUUUGAAAUCCCCCACACGUGUGCCGAAUGCUGGCAGAGCUUCAACCAGACCUCAGACCUGGUCAAGCAUAUGCGCAUCCACACGGGCGAGAAGCCGUUUGAGUGCAGCCACUGCGGGAAGUGUUUCAACGUCAGCUCCAACCUCAUCCGGCACAAGAGGAUCCACACAGGGGAGAAACCUUACACCUGCUCCGUCUGUGGGAAGAGCUUCACCGACAAAUCCACCCUCACCCAGCAUAACCGCAUCCAUACGGGAGAGAAACCUUACACCUGUAGUUACUGCGGGAAAAGCUUCAGCCGGAGUUCUCAUCACAAGAGGCACCAGCGGAUCCACGUGGGGGAAAAUCCGGUCUCUCUCCUGCCUCUGUGGCCUUAUCCUAACCAAAUGUACUGA